CCAAAAUUUGCGCAUGCGCAGAAGCAGUUUUUCUGACGAUUUUUUUUUUUUUUUGUUUACAGUUUAUGGAGUAAUGUUAUCGCAGGAUUUUGUUUACUAGUUGAAGGCUGUGAGCUGCCUGUUGAUACCUGCUCACGAUGAGCACAGAGCCUGCGAGCAUCGACAGCCUGCGUGUGCUGCACCAGAGUGAUGACUUCAUCGUAGUGGACAAACACUGGGACAUCCGCAUCGACAGCAAGAUGUGGUACGAGAAACAGACUGUGCAGAUGCAGCUUCAGCACCACUUCCCUCAUCUGGCAGACCCCAGCACCUAUUACGGGUUCAGGUUAGAAAUCGCAUUUAUUUCUCUGUUGGAACAAAUUGUUYGGAUAAAAAGCUGUUCUUGCAUCGCUCUGCUUUUCUUAAGGUUCUGUCAUCAACUGGAUUUCUCCACCAGUGGAGCUCUUUGUGUCGCCCUCAACAAAGCUGCUGCUGGCCRGGCUUAUCGCUGCUUCAAGGACCGCACUGUCACUAAAGCUUACCUCUCCCUGCUUCGUGGAUGGGUUGAACUAGAGACCCAAACUCUGGACUUCUCUAUUGGCAAGAACUCAACACAGGGGAAAACACACAUGAUGUGCAUCGAAGGAACAGAAGGUUGUGAGAACCCAAAGCCGUGCCAGACUGAGCUGACGGUGUUGGAGUACGGGUUGUAUGAUGGAGAUCCUGUCACCAAAGUGCUGCUGCAGCCUCUCACUGGCCGAACCCACCAGUUGAGGGUCCACUGCAGCGCCAUUGGCCACCCUAUAGUUGGAGACUUCACCUACAGCCUCGGAGCAGAUGACUCUCCAUACCGAAUGAUGCUGCACGCCUACCUCCUUCACAUUCCCCUGGAGCCCCAGCCCCACCUACUAGUCACGGCCGAAGACCCCUUUCUCCCAGAGGUGGAUCCUAAAUGGGUCCCGCAGCGAUCGCUACGGACAUCAGCAGCCACCGUUGAAGCCUUGCUUGAGCACAGAAAGAGUAAAGAGAAAGAGCAGGAGGGAGAACGAAGGGAGGAGGAGAAGAGGAGGAAGCAAAGCAAACAUCUGAGGYUUCAGGAGGAGAGCGAGGAGCAGAGGAGGGUUUGCCAGGAGUGGCUGAGUGAAUGGGCUGGAGACUGAUGGAGGAUUUUCUGUUAUUUGUUUUGAUUUAUUUUUGCAUGUUAAGCGUGCUCCCAAUACACUGAUGAGUUUUUUUCAUUCUGAUUUUGCUUAUUUCUCAUAAGCAAGGUAAAACCGUGUUCCUAUUUUCUCAUAAGAAAGUUGGAAUUMAUAAAAUGCAUGUAAAAUUGUUUUAUACGUCUUUAAAAUGAUAAAACUGUAAUCUUCCUUAUGCAGUUCAAAAAAUAAAUAAAUAAAUAAAUUUAAGUACCCUAAGAAAUCCACAGAUGUUAAGGUCCUUGCUCAUGAUCAUGUAAACUACUCGGAGACUGGAUUUAAACUGUUCCUGCUUAUAAGAAUUUUCAAUGUGUAUUUUUUUUUAUCUUUUAGCUGCAGUUACCCCUAAACCAGUAAAAUAUGUUUUUAUGAUAAACUUGUGCAGAUAAUUUGCGUAUAAUGCUUCCUACUUAAGAGAUGGCAGCUGUAUUCACUCAUGUAGCUGUACCUACAGGUAUGUAUUGCAAUAACUGUAAAAUUAAUAUAUUUAAUUUGUUUAUUUAUAUGUUAGUCAAACUUGUUUUGUGGACAAUACAGCAUAAGAGGUAUAUAAUARGUUAAAAAGCAAUGUUCUUGUUUUGCUGAACAGAAAAUUAAAUUGAGUUUGUGCUUCUGCUGUAGUGUUUGUUGACGAAACUACAGUACCCAGAAUGCCACCGUGUAAGCUAGAUACCCGGAAGUGAGGUGUCAAAAAGGGCGAGGGGUUGACAGCUGUCCGGCUACCAGGUUUUUUUUAAAAUAAUGUAUAUAUGUUGAAUAACAUUUUGGGAGUAAGAAAAUAAAAUAGAUGUUGCAACAAUGAA